AUGCUCCGGUCGUCAGAAGCGACGCAUAGUCCUCCUCCUCCCUCUCUUCACUACUCGCCCUCCGUUGGGGACCUCGAUUGCGCCUCUACUAGGGACUCGACCCCCGUUACCACUCCCCUCGGGUUUGGCGUACCUUCGCGCAGACCGGAUAGGGAAAAGCUCUCGGAUUUGUCGUGGACUCGAAAUCCAUUCGACAUCGGCGACACGCCUUCACCGUACUUUGACAGUCGGCAUCUACACCCUCAUUUCGACCCGGACCACGACUUCCCUCUCUUUCCCCCCUCACCUCUCCCGACCAGCAAGAUGGCCGGAGCCGCUCCCAUUGACAUUGCCACCCGCCAGAGUUCCGUCUCCCCGCCCGGCCAGCAGGCGUCAAAUUUGACGUCUGCUCUGCAGAGAGCUGGAAAUGGAGACAGGACUGGCAGCAUAUCUCACGCGAACGGGAUCGGGCUCAAUGUAUUCAAGGCCCCCCCUCCUCGCAAGGACUCCAUCGGUGCAGCCUCUGCACAAUGGGGAAACGGGACGAAACCCAUCUCAGUCUCUGGAUCUAACCGGGAUAACACCCGCCGCGAAUCUUUGGCGGGAAGCUUGGUUGGUGGAAUGAGCUGGGGUGGUGUGUCUGUUGGCAGUUGGAUCCGUGAUGAUAUCAUUAUGACCGGCACCUCUCCCUUUACUUCUUUGCAAUCACCCUCCUUCCACUCUUCCUCAUAUCUGCCCAAGCUAGAAGCGAACUUCAUGCGCGACUUCUCUUGCUGCGGGGUGACCCUCCCUACGCUCCACGACCUGCUACAGCACUACGAAGAAGCUCACGCUACCAAGUCCCCUCAACAAGGGCACCGUCCCACACACCCGCACCACUCAGAUAUGGAUACUAUCGAUGAUAUGGAGCUCGAUGAUACAAUCGGUGAUCACGAUGCCGCCACCUCCCAGCUGUUUGCCCCCCCGUCACGGGAUGGAAGCCAAGGAGGGUUUGGCAACGCUAACCCGAGGGUUCCACACCUGAACCUGUCAAUGCUCCCAGCACAUCAGGGGUUCAAUACUUCUCAGCCCGGAACUCCGGUUGCCUCUGGGCGCCCUCUCUCUCUGCAGAACAACCCUACCGUUUCAUCCGUCAACACACCCACUCUGAUGGCGAACCCUCUGCAGACCUCACAAUUCAGAACUACGCCCGAUUCCUCUGCGCCGGGAACUCCGGCGGAGAUGGAUGAAAGCAUGGUAGGUGGCUUUGGCGAUCUAUCUAUGCAGAACCCAAUGAUGCAGGGCCAGUCGCAGUUUGGCAGGUUCACCGGAAACAACGACAUGGUAGAUCUGUGUAUCGACGAGCCAGCCAAGCGAUUGUUCAGUCCCACUGGCGGGAUCCAUACCCCCAAUGCCCACUUCAAGCUCAGCGGAGCACAGUAUGGUCCUAACAGUGAGAUUGCUCGACGGAUCCGAGAGCAACAGCUGUUGGCAGGUGUCCCUGACACCACUGCACUCCUUCCCAACGAAGAGCCAAAGCCUUUCCGGUGCCCCGUCAUUGGCUGCGAGAAGGCGUACAAGAACCAGAACGGUCUGAAAUACCACAAAGCUCAUGGACACAACAACCAGCAGCUUCACGAUAACGCAGAUGGCACCUUUUCAAUUGUUAACCCCGAGACCUCGACGCCAUACCCCGGAACGCUUGGCAUGGAGAAAGAGAAGCCGUACCGCUGUGAGGUUUGUGGCAAGCGUUACAAGAACUUGAACGGUCUCAAGUAUCACAAGUCGCACUCGCCGCCGUGCAACCCCGACUUCCAGCUCGCUACAGGUCGGAACAUGGCCUUUGGUGGCGGAGUCAUGCAGGGACAGAAUAUCAACGUUGCUGGGGCUGGCCUACCUGGCAUCGGCGAAGAGGGUCUUCUAUAG